ACUCACUUGGGACUGCUUAGCCAGCUGUACAACUUUUAUUUUGAAGAAAAAAAGUUGAGCCUCAGAACGGGCUGUUUUAAAGACAGGGAGGGACUUAGCCUUGCCGGCUUGACCAGUAUAUGGAAGGAGAGCUCUCAUGGCUGCAAUAACUUAGGGGGAGCUCCUACCUGGGUGUCGCUUGGGGUAGGAAGGUUUCUGUUUGUUUUGUUCUGUUUCUGAGGGUCCUGUGUGUUUCCCUUGCCUGUAUCAACGUGACUCUUGGUGGGUUUUGCACACCCUACUCUGUGGGGGAGUGCCCCAAACGUGCCUGUCUUAUGUGGCCUCUAUGGACACACUGCCCAGCUGGCAGAGAACAGGGAAGUUUUCUCCCAGCACCCAAAAAGAGAAAGAGGAAACUACUUUUUCCUUCUGGGAUCCUUGCAGCACAAUAGCUUCCACAUUCCUUCCCCGGAUUUCUGGAGUGCUUUCCAGGAAGAAGUCAAACCUUCAUCUUUAAAUGGAUGAGUAUGUCACAAUCAGGAAGAAACAUCUCCAAAGACCCAUCUUUCGACUAAGAUGCUUAGUGAAACAGCUGGAGAAAGGUGACGUCAACGUUGUUGACCUAAAGAAGAAUAUCGAAUAUGCAGCGUCGGUACUGGAAGCUGUCUACAUCGAUGAGACAAGAAGGCUUCUGGACCCCGAGGAUGAACUCAGCGACAUCCACACCGACUCAGUCCCAUCGGAAGUCCGGGACUGGUUGGCUUCAACCUUUACACGGAAAAUGGGGAUGAUGAAAAAGAAACCCGAGGAAAAACCAAAGUUUCGCAGCAUUGUCCAUGCUGUCCAGGCUGGGAUUUUUGUGGAAAGGAUGUACAGGAAGAACUAUCACAUGGUUGGUCUGACAUAUCCUGCAGCUGUCAUAGUGACACUCAAGGAAGUUGAUAAAUGGUCUUUUGAUGUAUUUGCCUUAAAUGAAGCAAGCGGGGAGCAUAGUCUGAAGUUUAUGAUUUAUGAACUGUUUACCAGAUAUGACCUUAUCAACCGCUUCAAGAUUCCUGUUUCUUGCCUAAUUGCCUUUGCAGAAGCUUUAGAAGUUGGUUACAGCAAGCACAAAAAUCCAUAUCAUAAUUUGGUCCAUGCAGCUGACGUCACUCAAACUGUGCAUUAUAUAAUGCUUCAUACAGGUAUCAUGCACUGGCUCACUGAACUGGAAAUUUUAGCAAUGGUCUUUGCAGCUGCCAUUCAUGAUUAUGAGCAUACGGGGACAACAAACAACUUCCAUAUUCAGACAAGGUCAGAUGUUGCCAUUCUAUACAACGACCGCUCAGUGCUUGAGAACCACCAUGUCAGUGCAGCCUACAGACUUAUGCAAGAGGAGGAAAUGAAUAUUUUGGUAAAUUUAUCUAAAGAUGACUGGAGGGAUCUUCGGAACUUAGUGAUUGAAAUGGUCUUAGCGACGGACAUGUCAGGCCAUUUCCAGCAAAUUAAAAACAUAAGGAACAGCUUGCAGCAGCCUGAAGGGAUUGACAGAGCCAAAACUAUGUCCCUGAUACUCCAUGCAGCCGACAUCAGCCACCCAGCCAAAACCUGGAAGCUGCACUACAGGUGGACCAUGGCCCUAAUGGAGGAGUUUUUCCUGCAGGGAGACAAAGAAGCUGAAUUAGGGCUUCCAUUUUCUCCACUUUGUGAUCGGAAGUCAACGAUGGUUGCCCAGUCUCAAAUAGGUUUCAUUGAUUUCAUAGUGGAGCCAACGUUUUCUCUACUGACAGACUCGACAGAGAAAAUUGUUAUUCCUCUUAUAGAGGAAGCUUCAAAAUCUGAGUCUUCUAACUAUGGGGCAAGCAGCUCGUCCACCAUGAUUGGGUUCCAUGUUGCUGACUCUCUGAGGCGGUCAAAUGCAAAAGGCUCCAUGAGUGACGGGAGCUAUACCCCAGACUACUCUCUGUCAGCUGUGGACCUGAAGAGUUUCAAAAACAACCUGGUGGACAUCAUUCAGCAGAACAAAGAGAGGUGGAAAGAGCUGGCUGCCCAAGGUUGUUACUAAGUUGACAUCAGAAACCUCAGACAUAACAGCUUCAAAUUUCUUGAUUGACCUGGCUUCUCUGGCAUGGACUAGAUCUACGGGUGGCCGCUGCAUCAACAUCUUUAUGCCUUCAAAUAUUGGUGCAAAUAGUAUUUUGUGGCACCUCUCCUUGCUGAGAUGACACAGCGAGUGCCAAUAAAUGUUCCUUGAGCAACUUA